AUGCAGGCCCGGGACUUCUUUGAUCAAUGGCUCGCCCAAGCUCAGGCGCGCCUUCGGGAGCCCCCAUUUGACAAUGCGCAAAUCUUCGUCUGGAUGAUUCUCUGUCCUCUGCUCCUCAUUGCCGUCGUCUUCUACUUCAAGGGCGAGCACGACCAGCCGAUCCGCUACCGAGUACCCGAGCCCAAGGUGCCCGAACCCAAGGAAAUCCUUCAGAAGCCAAACAUAAAGGUCUCCGGCGCCAGUGCAAUCCAAUGCUACGCCCCAGCCACCGGCCAAUUCCUUGGAUUCAUCAACCCCUCGACCCCGGCCGCCAUCGACCGAGCCGUUGACGCCGCCGAGGCUGCGCAGAAGACAUGGGCCAACACGAGCUUUAGGGAAAGACGCAAGGUCCUGCGCUCAAUGUUGCAGUAUGUGCUCGACAACCAGCAGGAGAUCUGCCGCGUGGCCUGCCUCGACUCUGGGAAGACUAUGGUCGACGCCCAGCUCGGCGAGAUCCUUGUCACCGUCGAGAAGUUGCAGUGGACCAUAAACCACGGCGAGAAGGCCCUGACCCCCAGCAGGCGGCCCACAAACCUGCUCAUGAUGUACAAGAAGAACACCGUCCAGUAUGAGCCACUUGGCGUGGUCGCGGCCCUUGUCUCGUGGAAUUACCCCUUCCACAACCUCAUCGGACCUAUCAUCUCGGCAAUCUUCUCCGGAAAUGGUAUCCUAGUCAAGGCAUCGGAGCAGACUGCAUGGAGCGCAAGCUACUUUGCGAGCAUCGCGAGGGGCGCCCUAAUCGCCCACGGCCAUGACCCGGCCCUGGUGCAGACUUCGGCUGCGAAGGCCCUGAUCCCAGUUGUUGCCGAGUUGGGCGGGAAGGAUGCCUGCGUCGUUCUGGACUCGGCCAAGGGCGACCUCCCGCGGAUUUGCGAGACGCUUCUCCGGGGCACCUUCCAGGCAGCGGGCCAGAACUGUAUUGGAAUCGAACGUAUCAUCGCCACGCCUGGUGUCUACGACAAGCUCAUCGAACGCCUCGAGCCUCGUGUCAAGGCCAUCCGCCUGGGCCAAGAUGCAGACAUGGGUGCACUGAUCUCCGACGCCUCUUUCGGAAGACUUGAGGGCCUGGUCCAGGACGCAGUCAAGAACGGCGCGCGCCUGCUCUCAGGUGGAAAGCGCUAUGCUCACCCUGAGUACCCCAGCGGCCAUUACUUCAGCCCGACCCUGCUCGUCGAUGUCACGGCCGACAUGGCUAUCGCCCAUGAGGAAUGCUUCGGGCCCGUCAUGGUUCUCAUGCGCGCCCCCUCCAACACCGCAGCUGACGUCCUCCGUGUGGCCAACGCGCCCGACUUCGGCCUCGGCGCCAGCGUGUUUGGGCGGGACUCUGACCCCGUCCUGCAGGCCCUCGUCAAGGGGCUGAGGUGCGGCAUGGUCGCUAUUAACGACUUUGCCGCCUUCUACGCCGUUCAGCUGCCGUUCGGCGGUGUCGCGGGCUCGGGGUACGGCCGGUUUGCCGCAGAGGAGGGGCUCAGGGGCCUGUGCAAUAUCAAGGCUGUGUGUGCGGACCGCUGGGGGUGGGCCGGUGUUAGGACGAGCAUCCCGCCGCCUAUCAGGUAUCCGAUUGACAGCCAGGACCGAAGCUGGAAAUUUGCCAAGGGGGUGGUGGAGACGGGGUAUGGAUUGGGCGCAGUGAAGAAGGUCGGUGGUGUGCUGGGAAUUUUGAAGAACAUGUGA